ACCAAAAGUGGCGCCAAUCUCAAAUUUAUUCAAAACUUUGCUCCCAGGUGCCAUGGCAGCACGGUUCCCUGACCCUCCGAGUUCUGCGAGUUCGGACAGUGAUGACUCCUACGAUGGUUGCGACGAGGCGUCCAACUCAAACCAUAACAUUGGGCCGGACGGCGACCGUCUGACUCCUCCACGCGUCCAGGAGAAUGAGUCUUCAGCGUCUCCACCUCCUCCUACGCCAACAGGUGAGUGUCCUGACAUUCCAAUAGCGGACAACCUGAUUGACGCAGUUAACGAUGUCGAUGGCGUUGCAGCCUUGCUCAAGUCGCCGAGGGCUCGACGGCAAAGGACGGUGUCACACAGCCAGACGACGUCCAACAAAACGUCGACCGAAUCGAUUCUUCGGAGCCAUACUAGGACCAUAUACACCGCUGGACGCCCUCCAUGGUACAAUUGUGCUGGACAACAAGUUGAACCUUUUGUUAUCGGAAUUUGUGGUGGAAGUGCUUCCGGGAAAACCACAGUAGCAGCCAAAAUUAUUGAGAGCCUUGAUGUGCCAUGGGUUACCCUUCUAAGCAUGGACUCUUUUUACAAAGUGCUGAGCCACAAGCAGCAUGAGCUAGCGGAAAACAAUGAGUACAAUUUUGACCACCCCGAUGCCUUUGAUUUUGAACUGCUGGCCGAAGUGCUGCAGAAACUAAAAGAGUGCAAGAAAGUCGAAGUGCCUGUUUACAAUUUUGUCACACAUUCAAGAGAAGCUAGAACUAAAACCAUGUACGGAGCCAACGUUAUCAUCUUCGAAGGCAUUUUGACUUUCUACAACUUGAAAGUUUUACAGAUGCUGGAUAUGAAAAUCUUUGUGGAUACCGAUUCUGACAUCCGCCUGGCUCGUCGCCUUAAAAGAGACAUUUCGAUCAGGGGUCGAGACUUGGAGGGUGUUCUGAAGCAGUACCAGAAGUUCGUCAAACCUGCUUUUGACCACUACAUUCUUCCGUCCAUGGUCCACGCCGACAUCAUCAUACCUCGAGGCGGGGAAAACACAGUCGCUAUCAGCCUUGUUGUCCAACACGUCCACACCCAACUGCAACUGAGAGGAUUCAAGCUCAGGGAACAACUGGCUCACUCGUACUGUGGACAGCCAUUGCCCAGCAACAUGUUCACUCUUCCUUCAACGCCUCAAGUGAAAGGUCUGCACACCUUCAUCAGGAAUAAGGAAACUCCCAGGGACGAGUUCAUUUUCUACUCAAAGCGACUGAUCCGAUUGACCAUUGAAUAUGCCCUGUCUCUGCUGCCCUUUAAGCAAGUGACUGUCGAAACUCCUCAAGGCAUGAACUACUCUGGGAAACGAUUGUCCAGCACGAAAAUUUGUGGAGUGUCUAUUUUGCGAGCUGGCGAGACCAUGGAGCAGGCUGUCUGCGAUGUCUGCAAAGACAUUCGCAUUGGAAAAAUUCUCAUCCAGACAAAUUUUGAUACUGGAGAGCCUGAGCUGUUUUAUCUUCGCUUGCCCAAAGAUAUUAAAGACUACCGGGUGAUUUUGAUGGACGCCACGGUUGCUACUGGCGCUGCGGCUAUGAUGGCCAUUCGAGUGCUCCUGGACCACGAGGUCAAGGAGGAGAACAUCAUGAUUGUGUCUCUGUUGAUGGCCGAAAUUGGAAUCCAUUCGAUUGCGUACGCUUUUCCUCAAGUGAAAAUCGUCACCUCAGCCGUUGACCCAGAGAUCAACGAGAAGUUCUACGUGCUGCCUGGUAUUGGCAAUUUUGGUGACAGAUACUUCGGCACGGAGCCUUCUCUGGAGUUGGAGUAGUGCAAUGCUGUUAGCCUAGUCUCACUGCUUUCAGGUUACGUCACUUUUUUUUACAAAUUUUCUUGUGAAUUCGGUUCCUCUUUACCUAGCCAUAGCAACUCUUGAGUGCAAUUUUACUGUUAUUAUACCUUAUUUAAUUUACUUAACUACAUAACUGGUUGUUGAUUUACAAGUUUUGUAGAAUAUGACUAGCAAUUAGUUGAUUGCAGUGCAAUUUUUUAUUUGUCUAGCGUUACCAUAUUAAUUUAAGCUCUUUUGAGUUUUUGCUGAAAAAUCUUGCCUGCUUAUUAUUCAAACUAACUAUUUUGCUACCUGAAAAUUUCAUUAAAUUGAUAAAAGUGUGAGAAAAGACGCACACAAGUUAGAGAUUUUUUCUAGCAAUAUAAGAUAACACAGACAAAAAUAAUUUCCUAAUCUCUGCAGCAAUAAACAUUUGCAACAUUGCACUUAACGUUGUUUUCUCACGUCAGUCGGCUGAAGUAGUGCUUUCUUAUUUUCCUUAUUUUUAUUAUCAAAUCGUGAAUUGUGUCACUAUUUUGUACAUCGUGAACGCACUCAAGAGUUGCUGUAUUUUUAUCAAACUAAUCGAUCUGAAGUGCUAUAUAUACGCUAUCUUUUGUGGCUGAACAAAAAGAUUAAAAUGCUGUGCAGUAGAUAAUUGAAUGAAAACAAUGGCGUGUUAGAUUAUAUUGAACCCCAUCAACGUUUAUUUUGCAUCUGCAACAAGCGCUAAACAAAUUUUUUGCUACGACAUGUUCAAAUACAAUUUUCCGAAACCAAAAAACAAAAUUGCUUGAUGCCGCGUCUUAGUGCUCGUUGUAGUAGCGGAAAACCGAGUUCCAGUGCUCGAGGCGGGCCGACGGAGGGUUGGGCUCCCCGUGGCGUUUGACGAACUCGUCGCACUCCUCCAGACUCGCCUCCCCACUGGCUAGUCGAGCCCCAAUUCCGGACUGGUAGCCAGAAUAUCGCUGCUGCAAGGGUGCGUUAUCGGCGAAAGCUUUAAUUAAAACUCAAUUCGAAAUGACAUACUGACUGGUUACCUGCAAGUGCCGACUGAAGUGGCCCUCGCUGGUCAGGCGGACGGCCGUCUUCAGGCCCUUGGCCAGGCUGUCCAGGCUCUGCACGUACAUCAGGAAGAGGUCCCUGAAGUCGUGCGACUCGCGUCUCGGACGCAGAGCCAGCGACACGCCGCCAGGCUGGAUGCCACCCUGGAAGAAAGAAUUGUCAGGUCAAUCUCUUCAGGUCGCUCAGGAGCGUCUCCUCCUCACCUGGUCGAUGAAGUUCUUCAUCAUGACCGUGGUCUCUCCGUUGUAGCGGAAAUCGCCAAAGUACUCCUCGUGGUACGACUCGUACUCGAUGCAACCCAGGUAACCCAUGCUGGAGAACAAGACAAGGUCAUCAGAAGGUCGCGACCAAAGCAUUCUCAGGGUACUCACGCGGAGGCGAAGAGGUGGUCUCUGCCGGGGUAGACGUGCAGCUUAUACUGGCGCUCUAGUCCGUGGUGCUUGAGGAGGCAGAGGGUGCUCAUGGCGUCGUAGUCGUACCUGCCAAAGGUGUCGCAGUCCUCGCUCUCGUAGCGGUGUUCCGAGUUGUAAAAUCGGCUUUCCCUGUGGGGUCCAGGGCGGAUCAGCAGGUUGCCCCGGAAGCCGUGUUUGUCCUUGUAGUCUGCGGACAGUGAAACGAACAAUUGGUCGAGGACUCGCACCCUUUUAAAUUGCAGACAAACCCGAGACGAUCUUGAGGAACUUGGCAUAGUUCCUCAUCUCCCUGGGCAGGUCGGCCACCAUGGGGUUGUGGUAGCCCUCCCUGGCGCCCCACAGGAGGAAGUUCUCGGCGCCCAAUUUCAUGGCGAUGUCGAAGGCCUUCUUGCACUGGGCCGCGGCGUAGGCGGCGACGUUAGCAUCAGGGUUGGUAGCGGCGCCGUUGGCAUACCUGAAAGGUGUGCAUCCAGUUUUUUAGGCGCUGCCCUCACAAUUUUAUUGAAAAUUUUCUUUUUAUUCUUUCAUGUAUAUGGGUUCUAUUUUUUUUUUUUGUUACCGCGAAAAUGUUAAAUGUUAAUGAAAUGUAUGUAUGUGAAAAUGAAAGUAUAGAGAAACGCUUCUCUUUUGCAAAUCAGUUUCGUGAAAAUGGUCUAACGAGGGCAGUGCCCUAGUCGAAAACUGAGGCAUGCAUUUACCAUCUUUGCUGUGCAUUGGUUUCACCGUAUGAUCUGUAAAGAAAAAACGAGUGGCACGUCCCUUGCAAAGUUUCUUUGUGGUUGCAUGUGUGGGUAUGUGAAAAUAAUCAACUAAACUAUAUUUAUUUGUAUUCUGAAGUGAGCGUUUUUUGUCAGUGAUAAAUAUCCCAAAUUUGUGUGAAUUAAUUAGUUCGCUCAGAGAGGGUGGUUGGACCAAAUUUAUACUUUUUUUACCUGGGGUGAGAGAAGAGGUUGCAGCCGAACCAGAGGGGCUUGAUUCCGGUGCGCUGCUGCAACUCCUGCACCAGGUCGAUGACUUCAUCCAGCUGCGUGAAGGUCUCUUCCAUGCUGUACCCCUCGGGGGUCAGGUCGCGGUCAAAGACGGUCCAGUACCUCACACCUGAUAAGAUUUUUUUAUUAUUUUUUUACACCAUAUUUAGUUAAAAUAUUGAAUUUCAUUCUCACCCAGCUUCGAGAAGAAUUCAAAGGCCGCCCUGACACGCCUCUUGCAGGCCUCCAAGGAGUUGGGGGCCUCGUCCCAAGGGCGGAUGAAGGCGGGCAUGCCGUACCGGUCAAGCCCCUGGUAGCUGAAGGCAUGCCAGAAGGACACGGCGGGGCGCAUCCACUCCUCCAUGGUGCGUCCAUGCACCCUUUCGGAGGGAUUGUAGUGACGGAAGCACAGGGAGUCUUCCGCACUAGCCCCGGGGCGGUACUCAACCCGGGUGACCCCUGCAAAAAUCAAAAUCGAUCAAAAUUAAUUAUUAUUUUUUCCUCCGAAAUUGCUCACCUGGGAAGAACUCGUACGAGUCCGUGACAGGAGUCUGCCUUCCUCCAUAAGUCUUCUGCCUCUUCUGGUGCUGGGUGUACAUGUUGCUGCUGAUCCGUUGGGAAGGUACCGCGGGUCUGUGCCCAAGCAGCACUCCUCUUCAGUUUUAUUGAAAAAUGCCGCCACGGUGUGCUGCGUCCGGCUUUGUUCGCAGGCGAUGAAUGAAUAUGGUAAACCUGAAGGCACCUGAUACUCGACCCGUGGAUGAAAGCGGCAACCCCUGCUCGCCGAGAUGAAUUACUUUUUUCUGCAGAGCUUUUCUUUUCCAAGUUCCACGGGCAUGCCCAGCAUUAUUAUGUGCCGCUCGCCGCCAGCAGACCGACUGCCUGCUGAUCUUUCUAGGGGUAUUAUCGUGUUUCAGUUAUAGAACUUUGUGGUAUAAAAAUAAUGCAUUCAGCGCCAGGUGAGAAUGAAAUGCCCUCGUGCAGUACACCCAGACACACUAUGAAACAAAAAUAAAGUUCAACACCUUUAAUUAUAAACUUGAGAGUUCAUUCAUUGCUAGAACCACGUGUUUCGUCCUACAGGUAUAAUAAUUACCCUACUUUAUAGCUAAGAGUAUUUUGAUUAAAAAUCGCAAGAUUUUGUACAUUUUUAAUAUGACCUGAAACAGAAGAUUAUCAAUGGUUUGGGUGCCACGCAAGCAAAAAUGAAAGCCAACCACUUUGAGUUAAAGCAAAAAAAAAUUUGGGAACUCAAAUUCAUAGGUGUCUUUUUUUGUUUAAUAGUGUGCAGUUUCAAUAAAAAAACACGAUCUUUUUUUUCAGUUUUUAACUAAACCAUAUUUUAUAUAUUUUUGUUUCUAUUUUUAUCUUAUCAGCGUCCUC